GCGUCGAGCUGAGCAAGACAUUAAAGCUUUGCUGAUGUGGAAGUUGAGUAAGCUAAACGGGAGCUUCUAAGAUUUCGUUCGCAAAAAUCACCGUUGUGAUUUCUCAGCGCGCGGAACCAGAACAAUUUUCUUUCAUUGUUUCAUCGAUUUUUUUUUUACCUUUGUUCGUCCGGUGUUUACGUGAAUUAUGCAAAUAUUCAUGCUUCUCCAAAUUCUGAUUGGUUUUUCCGUGUUGGCGACGGCGAUCCCGAAGCCGGAAAACGAACACAAGUCGCGAGUCAUCAAUAAGGAGCCAAGUGAAGAGGAGCACUACAUUAAUUCUCAACAUAAUGCAGCCUAUGAUCAUGAAGCGUUUCUUGGCGAAGAGGCAAAGACUUUUGAUCAACUUACUCCUGAAGAAAGUACCCGAAGACUAGGAAUAAUAGUUGAUAAAAUAGACAAGGAUAAGGAUGGUUAUGUCACUGGAGAAGAGCUUAAAGAUUGGAUACUGUACACACAACGUCGUUAUAUACGAGAUAAUGUUGAACGUCAAUGGAAAUCUCACAAUCCAGAAGAAAAAGAAAAACUUCCAUGGACGGAGUACAUGGGAAUGGUUUAUGGAGACAUGGAUGAACACGAAGCAGAAAAUCAUGAAAAAUCUAAAGACAGUUCCUUUUCGUAUGUAGCUAUGCUUAAAAAAGAUCGUAGACGUUGGUCAGCUGCAGAUUUAGAUGGUGAUGAUGCUCUAACAAAGGAAGAGUUUGCUGCUUUUCUUCAUGCAGAAGAAGCAGAUCAUAUGAAAGAUGUUGUAGUAUUGGAAACCAUGGAAGACAUUGACAAAGAUGGAGAUAGCAAAAUAUCUCUCUCAGAGUAUAUUGGUGAUAUGUACGAAGGUGUAGAAGGUGAAGAGGAACCAGAAUGGGUGAAAAAUGAGAAAGAACAAUUUUCUAUGUAUCGAGACAAGGAUGGUGAUGGUUUCUUAGAUUUUGACGAGGUCAAAACUUGGAUUAUUCCAGCUGAUUUUGAUCAUGCGGAAGCUGAAUCUCGACACUUAAUAUUUGAAGCAGACACUGAUGCAGACCAAAAACUUACAAAAGAAGAAAUAUUAGAAAAAUAUGAUAUCUUUGUUGGUUCUCAAGCCACAGAUUUUGGAGAAGCAUUAGCUAGGCAUGAUGAGUUUUAACCAAAUUUCUUGCUUCAUUUCCAAAUAAUACUUUUAUAAAUAAACAGAAAAACAUCUUUGAGAGAACAAAAACAAAAUGUAUAAAGCAUUUGCAAAGGAUAUUUAUCUUUAUCAGUAGGCUAAGAAUCCUUUUUAUAACGGCUGAUUUUUACUUACCUCAUGACAUUGCCACUAAAUAGCAUUAUAUCUUAUAAAAAUGUAAAUAUGUGUUAGCUUUUUUAAUAAAUUGCAAAUAUUUUUAAUA